AUGGAGUCUAGAGUACGUGACAUCCAUAAAAUACUUCGACGUGUGGAAGUGAAUGAUACACGCAUUCUAGGGAUCUAUGGAACUGGAGGAAUUGGUAAGACAAAUCUGGCUAAAGAAAUCUACAACUCAUUUACCGACCAAUUUGAAAAUUGUUGCUUUCUUGCAAACGUGAGAGAAACUUCAAAGAGUGAGGUUGGUUUAAUUAAAUUGCAAGAGACACUUCUUUGCGAGAUCCUCGGUGACUGGAGUUUGAAGGUUAGAAAUAAAGAUGAAGGAAUGGGUCUCAUAAAAAAAAUGCUUUGGAGUAAAAGGGUUCUUUUAGUUCUUGAUGAUUUGGAUAAAUCGGUCAAAGUUGAAACCCUACUUGGAGGAUGUGAUUGGUUUGGUUUAGGAAGUGUAAUCAUUAUAACAACUAGGGAUGAACAUUUAUUAACUAGUAGUAAUGUUCAUUUACGAUAUAAGGUGAAGGAAUUGGAUCGUGACGAAGCUCUUCGGCUGUUUUGUUUGUAUGCCUUCAAAAAAGAAAAUCCUAACCAUGAUUUUGCCGAAAUCACAGAAAAUGUACUCCAUUACGUUGGGGGCCUUCCGUUGGCUUUAAAGGUGAUAGGCUCGGAACUAUGUGGUAGGGACAUUCAUUAUUGGAGAAGUGCUUUAGAAAAGUACAAAAGAAUUCCUCACAAAGAUAUUCUUGAAAUGCUUAAAAUAAGUUAUGAUGGAUUGGAUGAAUGUGGGAAGAAUAUUUUCUUGGAUAUUGCAUAUUUCUUUACCGGCAAGAAAGAAGAAUAUGUUACUAAAGUACUUGAUAGUUGUGGUUUCUUUCCUAACUAUGGUAUCAAAGUACUGGUGGAUAAGUCUCUCAUUACCAUUGCGUGUGGCAGAUUAAUCAUGCAUGACUUGCUCAAAGAUAUGGGUAGAGAAAUUGUUCGUCAAGAAUCACCCGAAGAACCCGAGAAACGUAGUAGGUUGUGGUUUCAUAAAUAUGUUCGUCAUGUAUUUGAAGAAACUAAGGGAACAAACAAGAUUCAAGGCAUAUUGAUAGAGUUACCAAAACAAGACUGGAUAAAUUUGAAUCCUGAAACUUUCUUGGCGAUGAAAAGGCUCAGGAUAUUUAUAAAUCGUAAUGCAUGUUUUUCAAGAGAGCCUAAUUAUCUCUCAAAUGAGUUAAGAGUACUUGAUUGGCACAGUUAUCCUGGUUAUUCGUUCCCGCAAAACCUUAAUGGAGAGAAACUCGUUGUUUUAAAAAUGGAUGAAGGCUUGUUCAAAGAAUUGGGAGACGGAUUGAAGAAUUUCCAGAAUUUGAAAACUUUGAGACUCUCUGAAUGUAAAUUCCUAACAAAGAUUCCUGAUAUGUCAGGACUCCAUACUUUAGAGGAUUUGAACAUUAUGUCUUGCAAUAACUUAGUUGAGGUACAUCAAUCUAUUGGCUUCCUUGAUAAACUCUCCAAUUUGUCAAUUGACCAUUGCCACAGCCUUACUAGAUUUCCAAGAUCACUCAAGUUGAGAUCUCUAAAACUCCUUCGACUUUCUCGUUGCGAAAGGCUGGAGAAGUUUCCUGAAAUUGACAGUGGAAUGAAACGUUUGACAAUUGUUUCACUAGAGAACAUGGCUGCUAUAAAAGAAUUGCCUUCAUCUUUUGGGAAUCUUACUAGCCUUGGAUCAUUGGAGAUUUUUCCUGAGGUAUCAAAGAAGUUUGAAUUCAAUACAAGCAGCUUACGUAAACUAAGUUGGGUUAACUUGAGUGGAUGCCAUAAAAUGGUUUUAAAUCCUAUACGGUUUGAGGAAAAUCUAGAGGACCAAGUUGCAGAUUGUAGGCUUACAUUUUCGGGAAAUAAGAUUCCAGAUUGGGACUACCAUUGCAAGCUAGAGAUUCCAAAUAGUUAUUGUAACAAGUAUGUAACAUGUUUUACAAAGGACUCGGAUGAUUUAUUGUUGUAUUACCACAAACUAGAUCAUGUAGAGCGUUUCAAAUCAGUGGGAGGAAUUCUGCAACUUAAGUUUCAAAUCAGAGGUAGAGUCCUAAUUAGAAGUUUUGGAAUCCGUGUGGUACGCAAGCAGAAGGAGAUCAAUACAUUGCAAGAUGUUGCAAGUUGGAGUCCCUGUGUUAACAUCCAACCUUCUUCAGAAGCAAGAAUUAUUGAAUUAUAUCCAGAAAGCAGAGAUGAGAAUCCAAAUGUAGAUUUGGAACUUGGGCUCCGUUUGGUAGAGGAGCAUGAAGAGAAUGCAAGAGUGCUCCACGAAGAUCACGUUGGUGCCCAUUUUGGUAAGAGGCGUCGUGAUGAAGAUGAUGAUUGCAACCUGAAAUUCAAUUUGUACCCUCAACAAAAGAGGCAGCAUUCCUCAAUCACGGGCAUCAGAAUAAUAGAAUUAGAGAAUGACGAUGAGAAUCCAAAAGAAGAUUUGGAUUUAGAGCUUAAACUUGGAUUGUAA